AUGGAGAGACAAAAAAUAUUGUCGAGAUCCAACCAGGAGGAAUCUAGAGACCUGAAAGAGCCGAGGGUGCACCCGGAGCCGGCCCUACAGGAGAGCCCGGAGGCGGCCCGACAGGAGAGCCCGGAGGCGGCCCGACAGGAGAGCCCGGAGGCGGCCCGACAGGAGAGCCCGGAGGCGGCCCGACAGGAGAGCCCGGAGGCGGCCCGACAGGAGAGCCCGGAGGCGGCCCGUCAGGAGAGCCCGGAGGCGGCCCGUCAGGAGAGCCCGGAGGCGGCCCGUCAGGAGAGCCCGGAGGCGGCCCGUCAGGAGAGCCCGGAGGCGGCCCGUCAGGAGAGCCCGGAGGCGGCCCGUCAGGAGAGCCCGGAGGCGGCCCGUCAGGAGAGUCCGGAGGCGGCCCGUCAGAAGAUGCUAGAGUCUAGAGGACAGUCGAAGGCAGACCAGAAGGACCAGGGGGAGGACCUGGAACCAGCUCAGCAGGAGAGGCCAGAGUCUAGAGGACACGAUUCCAGGGCAGACCUGAAGGAGCAGAAGGAUGAUUUGAUGGUGGAUAUGGUGCUGUCACGGGAGGAGGGUCCCGGGGCUGCACGGAAGGAGGGUCCCGGGGCUGCACGGAAGGAGGAUCCCGGGGCUGCACGGAAGGAGGGUCUCGAGGCAGCACGGAAGGAGGGUCCCGAGGCUGCACGGAAGGAGGGUCCCGAGGCUGCACGGAAGGAGGAUCCCGGGGCUGCACGGAAGGAGGGUCUCGAGGCAGCACGGAAGGAGGGUCCCGAGGCUGCACGGAAGGAGGGUCUCGAGGUAGCACGGAAGGAGGGUCCCGAGGCUGCACGGAAGGAGGAUCCAGAGCCGACACAGACAGAGAUUCAGAGGCCAGAGCCAACUGUUGUGAAUAUCGGAAUACUAGGGAACAUGACUAUCAGUAUUGUCACCGCUGAUUCUCAAGUCUUAACCCUGUCAGUCAGUAUCCGGCCGAACCUAGUCAUGCCCACUGCUUUCUGGAUCGACAGCACUGCCUUUGUUGCUGAAUCUGUGUUUGGGGGAGGUGCUGCAGCUGUUGUAGUUCUUAUUGCUAUUGGGCUUGGUCUAUAUUUCCCUCAGUUCCAUGGAACACAGACUUCAGACGCCAGAUCAGCGCUACAGAUUUUCCAGGAUCAGUUUAAAAGCCUCCAAAAAGAUUUUCCGAAGCAGAGUCGGGACCUGUGGUUGAGAAGUGAAAAAAUGCUGAGAAAUCAUCUCAACAAAUCCGAACCCCGUGAACCGGCUACGAUCAUUCUCACUGCGGCUCAAGAUGCCAAACACACCUUACUCUGUUUAGGUAGUGGUCUAGCACAAGCCUAUGCUGCUGCCCACAGUGCCAGGUGGUUGGUGAUCCAUGGUCCAUCUGAAUCCGAAUAUAAUGACAGUACAGCCAAACUCCACAUUGAUGAGAAACUCAGCUCAGGAUUUCAGACAGAAUAUCGGGCAGCCGUAUUAAAUCGUUUAGAAACCUUGCCUCCUGGCUCUUUGCUCAUCCUCUACAAAUAUUGUGAUCAUGAGAAUGCUGCCUACAAGAAUGUGGCACUUGUGCUCACUGUGCUACUGGAAGAUUCAUCACUUGAGCCAGACAUUUCUCUCCCGGAGCUGGAAGAAAAAGUCCGGGACUUCCUCUGGCAGCAGUUUAUUAGCCCUAGCACUUUAAGAUCACAUAUGGAGAUGGAUAGUGAUAAGCUGGGUGGGGUCUGGAGCCGUAUUUCCCACCUUGUUCUCCCUGUAGUUCCAGUUGAAAGCAUAGAGGUUGGCAAGUGUCCUUUUGAUCAUGAAGGAAAUUAGGAUA